AGUAUUCCCUUGCGGCCACGCACAACACCCCGUACAGUUACAUAAGAACCGAGAAGAAGAAAAAACAAACACACCUCAAAUUGCUGGGGGAGGGAGGUUGCUGCUUUUUGAUUUGGUUUUUAGUGGAUGAUGAUUUUUGAGCGGGUCCUUUAUGUGUGUUAUCUUUCGCCCGGAAACGGCGGGUCCCAUUCAACAGGCACAAUCUGUGCCGGUGUUAUAGAUGCUCACCUAGCCCCUUAGGGGAAGAAGGAGGAACAACCUGGUGAACGUGCAUUAAUUGCUUGCGGGAUGUUGUAGAAUCCGUCUCGGCGCAAAACAGACUACCUGCUGUAGGGUUUCUUUAUGUUUGUUUGAUGGGAAAUUAACAAAAAUCAAUCAAAACCGAUCUUCCCGUCCGCCCGUCCCCGUGACCAUGACCUCAAUCUGAAGCAGUAGUUUGAAAAGCAGGGAUGGUUUCUUUCGGAAAAUGAUACAUUGGUCGGUCUGGGAGGUGCUUUGUUGUGCUUGUCUGGCGCGGAUCGGUGAAACAAGGAGCGGUGGUCGUAUGAUAAAUCCCCCCUCCCCUCCCCCUGCUUCUCCGUCCGAUUUUUGCAAGUGGCAAGAUAUUCAUUUUAUUUAUUUUUAUGUUUUCAUUACCUCUCUCGUACAGCAGCAGCAGCAGACGCAACAGGAAGUGCAAUUUUCCCUCCGAAGGAUACAGUGAAACGUAGCGUAAAUCAGCGCAUCCUAGAUAGUGAUCGCGAGAGCUCUCUCUCUCUCUUUUUACCCCAACCCCUGCCCCCGGCGAGCGUUGUUUAGAACAACGGCAAAAACAUCUGUUUCGCGGAGGACGAAUCCAUACCGGUGGCCGGAGCAGUGCAACCGUUCGAACCGUGGGAAGGCACGGAACGGAACACGCUGAGAGCGGACAGCAGCGGACAGAAAACACACGCGCGGUAUAAAGCACGACCGCUGCCACGAUGAGCCGGUUAUUCGGUAGUAGUAGUGGUUCGGUGCUCGGUACGGCCGGAAGCAAAAUGUCGUCGUUCCGCAAGGUGACUCACUGUAUCUUCGACAUGGACGGGCUGUUGCUUGACACGGAAAAUCUUUACACGCAGGUAACGCAAUCGAUCGCGGAACCGUACGGCAAAACGUACACGUGGGAGAUCAAGCAAACGAUCAUGGGGCUGCAGCGGGACGAAGCGGCCGAAGCGAUCGUCGCCGCCCUCGAGCUACCGCUGACACCGGCCGAGUACGUGGAGAUAUCGACCGAGCGGAUCAAUCGCGUGAUGGAACAGUGUCAGCUAAUGCCAGGCGCAGAGCGGCUGGUACGCCAUCUGCACCAACACAACGUGCCGAUCGCGCUGGCCACCAGCUCGGGAGCGGAUUCGGUCGAGGUGAAGACAAAGAACCACCGCGAGCUGUUCGAGUUGUUCGGGCACAAGGUGAUGGGUUCGUCCGAUCCCGACGUGAAGGAGGGUAAGCCGGCGCCCGAUAUCUUCCUGGUCGCGGCGGACCGCUUCCCGGACCGGCCUGCUCCCGACCAGUGCCUGGUGUUUGAGGAUGCGCCGAACGGUGUGACGGCAGCGAUUGCGGCCGGCAUGCAGGCCGUCAUGGUGCCCGAUCCGCACAUCGAGGAGGACCAGCGGAAGCACGCGACUGUCGUGCUGAAAUCACUCGAGGACUUCCACCCGGAACAGUUCGGUUUGCCGCCGUUUACGUCGUGAACCACGCGUGGGACGCUUUUGACGACUACCCCGGAGCCGGCCAUUACUCUCCGAAAAAAAUGCUUACAACUACUACCACUACUACUACUACUACAACCGCAUGCCGCAACGUAGUGUGUGUGUGUGUGCGGCACACGUCCGAUUUUAGCAGAGCAGUGUUCUAAACACAUCACCAACGUUGGAGCGAAAUUUUGAUGAAGCGCGCGCCCGCACACGUUUCGUUUGCGUAGAACGCACAAGCGUCCAACCUGCAAAUGGGGUCCACUGCCGGGUGGGAGGGACGUUAGUUUGUAUUUAGUUUUAUUUCUCGGAAAGCUUUUUCUUUAGGUGCGCGAUCGAGGUGUAUCGCUAGAAUGUGAAAUCGCUUGAAUGAGCGCCCGUCAAUGCGAACAAAAAAAAAAAAGAAGAAAAUACAAUGUUGUAAUUGUAAAGAAAA